GUGCGGGGAGGGGCGCCGGCUACAGGGAGGGGCGUCGUCUGUAUGGUGGGGUGCCGGUUGCGGGGAGGGUCAUCGGCUACGGGGUGGGCGCAACAAGGGGCGCCGGAUGGACGGGGCCAACAAAGGGAGAGGGAGAGGCGAGGGGUGGCCGGCGCGGGGGAGCUCGGUUGCUGGCGGCGCGGGCUGGGAGUGAGGGCGAGGGAGAGAGACAGAGAGUUGCAGGGUGGGGUAGCCAGCCGUUAGGGAAAUAGGGAAGAGAGGAGAGAGAGGGGCUAACGGCGGCCAUUAGGGUAGUUAGGCUUUGUCGUCCGUGGCAGACAACAAAGAGGGGGUAUGGGGCGGCGGUGCGUCGACCGUUAGGCCUAUUCUUUAUCGUCUGCCUGCCACCUCUUUUCCAUCAGCUGGCAGAUGACAGAGUGGGAUGGUGGGGUCUGGGCCCUUUGCCGUUUGCCUUACCCUUCUUUGCCAUCGGUUGGCAGACGCCAAAAGCACUGGCUGAUGGCAAAAAGGCCCUUUGCCAUCAGCCAUAUCUUUGGCGCCAGUUUUCUGGAAGCUGUCAGCAAAGAGGGUCCUUGCCAUCAUCCAAAAGACGGCAAAGAACAGGCUAAUGACAUAUUCUCUGAUUCCAGUAGUCGUAGUCAUGGGGAGGACUGGCUCUAGGUAGUGCACUUGGUGAGAAGUGCUAGGAGCGAUCAUGGGUGGUCUCAAUAGGUGCCUGGUUUAGGGACACACAAUAUAACACUGGUGUGACUUGGUUCAUCGGGGUGGAAACUGAGGUAUCAACUCCCAAGUGACGCAUCACUUGGGUAGCUGGUUUGGUGGCUAGGUGGUCACGCUCACAAAUUUAAUUCUAAUGCAAUGCGGUCUCGCCAAUACUAGUUAUGUAAUUAUACUUUAAAGGAAAAGGCGGGCACGCAUCCUGCAAUUUUAUUUAAAACUAGCUUAUAACAACAUGCGAAUACAACAUUAAAGGAUAACACGGUUACUAGGGCUUGACAGCUACUCUGACGGAGUUGCACUACAAGAAAAAUGCUCAAUUAUGACCCCAAAAAAUGACGGUGGUUUAAUUGGUCAUUGAUCCAUGACCAAAAUUCCGAAAUUGGUCAUAGUAAGUUUAGCACGGUCCAAAGCCCAUAAUGUUCUGACCUUUUGCGUCCAUUAGGUCAUGAUAUUAUUACACAAAUUGGUCAUUAAGUGCUACCGGUUGAAAAAAGAAGAAGAGAAAAAGUGAUAGAGGUGUGUUGGAUGAGGGGAGGGUUUUGGAUCGUUGGAUGUAGGAGGAGUGGAUGGCCAGGAUCUGUUUCUGGCACUACAGGAAUCAACUAUUAUGCAGACAGGUAUAAUCUUUGUCGUCAACAAAUCGUUGGGGUUGAUUGGAAACGGGAAGUUUGCCGUCAUGGACACACGGCAAAAAACUACUAUCGUCAAAAAUCACUAAAACCAAACGACGAAAAACAACACACUGCAAAGGCACGAUUUGCCGUCAACUAGUUGGUCAGAAGACGGCAAAGGCACGAUUUUUGCCGUCUGUUUACGCUACAAAUGACGACAAAAAGCUGUCCAUGGUUGUGGCUAACAGACCUAAACGGUUGGCAGUUUUGUUGUCUUGAAUUCGUGAGGGCUGACAACAAAACUUAAGUUUUGCCGUCUGGUACGUCAUAGAGAAGAGGGCAAAGAGGAAAAAAACAGCCACAUGCCUCUCCCUCUCGCGACUGAAAAUAGAUCACGUACACUGCACCAAAAAACACCCCAGAACAUCUAUACUACUAAUAAACAAUCCAACAAGAAUUACACUACAGACACCCCAUCAAACGCCCCACAAAAAAACAAUCAAUCAGCACCCCACGAUUAAUCCCACAGAUCUUAAUCUAACAGCCCUCGUUAAUCCACCGUCUGCUAGGUGUACUUAGCAAUUACAAUAGGCUGAACAUACUCCACCAACGAAACUUCCAAUCAGGCAAGAAAAAAAUAGAGGAGAAAAUGCCCAGCAACGUCCCCUGUAAUCACGGGACCAUCCAGCCACCACCAUCACGGGAUUCUCAUCAGGACCGGCCCGAGGCGCGACCACGGCGACACCGACGCCAACGGCUUCGAGGGCGGCUACGGCGGCGGAUAUGCGGCGCCUCAGCUGGAGGACGGCGAGGGGAAGCAGGCGGAGAGGGGCCGCGGUCCGCGCCAACCCUACCGCGGAGGGGGCGGCCUCCGCGGGGGCUACUCCCGAUGGAUCGGUGGGCGGCCACGGCUGCCGGCCCGGCGGUGGCGGCGGGGGCGCCGUCCUACUGGUGCUACAGCUGCGAGCGGUUCGUGCGCACGGAGGGGGACGCCGGGCUGGCCUGCCCCGGCUGCGAUGGCGGCUUCCUGGAGCAGAUGGACGCGCCGCCGCCGCGCAGGGCCGUCGCGCCAGCCGCCUUCCUCCGCCGCCGCGCCGCCGCGGACACGCCCGCCGAGGUCCGGCCAUGCCGCGGCACGCAUGGCGGCGCCUCGGGGGACCGCUCGGGGUCGCCGUACAACCCGGUCAUCGUGCUGCGCCGCUCCGCCGCACCGCCCGGCGACGACGCCACCGGCGCCACCAGCAGCUUCGAGCUCUUCUACGAUGACGACGCCGGAUCCGGCCUCCGCCCACUGCCCGAGAGCAUGUCCGACUUCCUCAUGGGCUCCGGCGUCGAGCGCCUCCUUGAGCAGCUCGCCCAGAUCGAGGCCGGCGGCUUCGGCGCCGUCCACCCCUGCGACAACCCGCCGGCCUCCAAUGCCGCCGUCGAGUCCAUGCCCACCGUCGUCCUCGCCGCCUGCCACGUCGGCGCCGACUCCCACCGCGCCGUCUGCAAGGAGGCCUUCGAGCUGGGCGACGAGGCCGGGGAGAUGCCCUGCAGCCACAUGUACCACCAGGACUGCAUCAUGCCGUGGCUCGCGCUGCGCAACUCGUGCCCCGUGUGCCGCCACGAGCUGCCCACGGACGUGCCGCGGUCUGCUCCGGCGGGUGACCUGGGUGCCGCCGACGACCAGGGCAGCAACACUGGGGCCGAGGCUGGCAGCGAGGAGGAGACGACAGUGGGCUUGACGAUUUGGCGGCUUCCUGGAGGAGGCUUUGCCGUUGGGAGGUUUGCUAGUGGUCGGAGGGCAGGAGAGAGGGAGCUCCCAGUUGUCUACACUGAGGUGGACGGCGGUUUCAACAAUGGCGGCGCACCGAGGAGGAUCUCAUGGUCAUCGAGAGGGAGCCGUUCGUCGCAGAGGGGAAUUGUCAGACGCAUGUUCGACAACAUGUUUGCCUGCUUUGGGCAUGCCCAUUCGACCAAUGCUGCUAGGGCAUCAUCUUCAAGGUCGGAGUGGAGCUCGGUUUUCACCCGCGGUCUGAGGAGCUCCAGCACGAGCUGGAGAUCCCAAGAUAGCCACGCAGAUGCCAUCGCCAGGUGAUAACUGCAUCACACACUGGGAAUAUACGAUAUUAGAUGUUGGAGAGCCGCAGAUGUUUGCUUCCGUUUGAUGUUUUUCUACUCUAUAUACGAGUCAGUUGAGAUAUAAAGAUGAUUUGUAGAGCGCAAAUUGCAUGCUGUUUUGUACAUAGAGGAGCAGAACUAGAGAUGUUGCAAUGGAAAUGUCCUCCAGUUUGCCUAUUCAAGACGGAUGGUCUUCCUGUUGCAUUUUGGAAUAUCAUUCAGUAAGACAAGUUUUGUUACUGAUGCAUGCAAGCAUCUGGAUAGUGAGCGCUUAAAUUGUUGGUUGGCGGCACUCAAUUGUUUCUUCCAACUCCAUCUUGCUCAAUGCGACGUGGGUUCGCCCGUUGUAACCAUGACUUGUUGGAAGGUGUAGACCAUAGCAAAGAUUCAAUAAAAGCAUCCCUCAAGAUAUUUUCUGCUCUUCAAUUGGAUAUAUCAUUGUAGUACUGAUCAAGGUCACCCUGUCAUCCUUGUUUUCUUACUUUCUUCACUUCACCAGGUAUACCGUCUUUUUCAGCAAAGGCAGCUGAGUUGACUGUUUUUGUGUGUGUGUGUGUGUGUGUGCGACUCUGUUACUAUUUGUCAUCAUCUUUACGUUCUUGUCAGACUUUCCAAAAAAAAGAUGAUCACCAUUUGGGAAAUAUCUUCAUCAAAUCUGUUGUUCCAGGAAAGGAAGAUCCAAGAACCUUUUUGAUUUAUGUGAAGCAGAGCUGCACAACACUUAUGAUAAAUAAAUUGUUUUCAGCACCUCAAUUAUUUCUUAAGGGCUCGUUGAUUGUACCGACGACCUGUUAGAAGGUUGCAGAUGCUGCAGCAGAGAUUGAACAAAACAUCAUUCAAGAUAUUUUCUGCUUCAGCCUACAUUUUUUUAAGCUCUUCAGUUGGAUAUGGAUAUGAUUGUAUUGAUCAUGGUCACCUCUCAUCCUUCUUUUCUUGCUUUCUUCACCAGGGACAGGACGUCAUAUUUUUUGUCGUACUCAACAAAGCCAACGAGCUGAGUGUCUUUUUAUGCUCUUUGACUAUUGUCACCAUCCUUGCAUUCCUGUCAUAGUUUCUAAAAAACAGAAUACCAUUUGUGAAAUAUCUUCAUCAAAUCUGCUGGCAUCUCUCCCAGAAGUGAAAGAUCCAAAUAACCCUUUCAUUAUUAUGUGAGGCACAACAAGAGAAGUUUUGUUAUUGAUGCUAGCAUCUGGAUAGCGAGCGCUUAAAUUGUUGGCAGCACCCAAUUGUUUCUUCGAAUUCCAUCUCGCUCAAUGCUACAUGGGUCCGUCCUUUGUAACCAUGACUUGUUGGAAGGUUUAGACCGUAGCAAAGAUUCUAUAAAGCAUUACUCUACAAGCUUGUUGAGCUCUAAAGUUGGUUAUCAUUGUACUCAUCAAGGUCACCUCCUCAUACCUAUUUUCUUGCUUUCUUCACCAGGGAUAUUAUCUUUUUCAGCAAAGGCAAAGACCCGACUGUUUUUGUGUGCUUUCUUACUAUUGUCACCACGUAACACAACCCCGAGAGUAGGUUGUAUUAUUUCGGUGCAUUGACAUCGUCAGCACGCUGGAGUCAAAGCAUUCCCCUCCAGUUUGGAGCGAUGGUAUAUGGAUGCGGGGACCCACUAUCUUGACGACAGAGGAAGUGGCAAACUCUCGUCGUAAUUUUCCCCUUAGCGGAAGAAGUUAGGACAAAAUGAACCAUGACUCUUUGAUAUUACGUGCGCGUUGCACGUGCAUGCUAAGUAGUGUAAAAAAAAACACAAACCAGCACGCAGAAGCCACUCAAACUCUCCUCUCACGAGUGAAAAAUACCCCAGUGCUAGGGUUCCCCACCGCCGCCGCCAGUCGCCGCGAGCCUCCCAGCCACCGCUGGUGACCUUCCCGGCUGCCGCCGUCGCCCUCACCGGUCGACACAGUCAUUGGUGUGCGCGACAUGUUGGGAGGGUAGGCCAUCCGGCCGCUCUACCGCCGGUCGGGCCUCACCGACGAUCGCCGGUCGGGCCUCCCUACUGGUCGCCCCACCGCCGGUCGGGCCUCACCGCCGGUCGCCAGUCGGGCCUCCCAGCUGUUCCCCCCACCGCCGGUCGGGCCUCCCUGCUGGUCGCCGGUCGCCGCGCCGCCUUGCAAGAUCGAGGCCGGGGCUGCGGACUCCCCAUUCUCAGGUCGCAGGUGUCUUAUUCUGCCAAUUUCAUGGCUGACUUUUUCAUUUUCUAAGGAAGAUGUUGCUUUGCUGAAAGCCACUGUUCAUCGUCGAUUCGAUUGGUGACCUCGAGGAGCUACUAAUUUCGCACACUGAUGCAUAGAGGAACUAGGAAAGGAAGCAGAUUGCUUGGGAGUCUUCUUCCAAAUUCAUCGAUAUGUUUAUGGCACUGUCCAAUAGCCUACAGUGGCCAAUAAUAUGCAGCGUCCUUUCCUGGCUGGCUAUACAAUUAAACUAUUGUGUAAAAGCUACAGUGAUGACACCUAUGGACCAACAGCGUGGAGCACCAGCACAUUUCCUAUGCACUUUUAGACGGCAGUCUCAUCAACAAGUUUCCCUACAUAGUGGCGGCAAUGGUAGGAGUGGCAGAUUGUGCAGAGGAAGAGGAUGAGAAGAAACUUGUGCUUCUCAUCCAAUCUUUGUAGAACUCUCUUGAUGUGCGAUUGUGCACUUGUUGGAUCCUCUUUCUAUGCACUUGCACUUGCAGAAGUAUUCUUUUGUGCAUUGUAAAAUUAUUUUGAUGUGCACUUGUUAGGCCUUGAACCUUGAUGUGUAGAGGAGUCGUGGAUGAUGUAUUGUAUGUCAUGUGAUGUGCUAUUGAAAUGAAAUAUACAGUUUAUUUGCAA